UACAUACCCUGGAAAGUGUGGGUGAGACAUACAUAGCACUGUUAGACCUGCAGGCAGAUGGCUCUUCUUCAGGCCAAUAAGGAUCUCAUUUCUACAGGAAUGAAGGAAUUUAAUGUUCUGCUGAAUCAGCAGGUCUUCCCUAAUCCUCCCAUCCCUGAAGAAGCCAUGGUGACUAUGGUGGAUGACUGGGUGGACUUCUACAUCAACUAUUACAGGAAGCAGGUGGUGGGGGAGCAGCAAGAGCAGGAGAGGGCUCUACAGGAACUUCAGCAAGAGCUAAAUAUUCUGUCUGCCCCUUUCCUGGCUAAGUAUAAGGCAUUCCUGAAGACCUUUUGAGCACCUAAAUCACCCACAGCCUUUUUCCUAGCCCAAAUACCCAGGCCUGCAUUAAAUCCUGCCUCUGUGUUAUUCAAGUGCUCAGGCUCUGCUCCUUCAUGGUAUUACUCUACCCUGACACCUCAAUAAAGUCCAAAUUGGUUUGCUGGU